UCCCCUUCCUGCACAGUGCAGUCCUGGGGUGGCACGGAGCUGGAGCAGUCCUCACUGCAGGGGGCCUGGAGCGGACAUGGAUCAAGAAACCGUGGGCAAUGUUGUCCUCCUGGCCAUCGUCACCCUCAUUAGCGUGAUCCAGAACGGGUUCUUCGCCCACAAGGUGGAACACGAAAGCAAGACUCAGAAUGGGCGGAGCUUCCAGAGGACGGGAACACUUGCCUUUGAGCGGGUCUACACUGCCAACCAAAACUGUGUAGACGCGUACCCCACUUUCCUUGUCAUGCUCUGGAGCGCCGGGCUACUCUGCAGCCAAGGAGGGAGGUUCGAGCGCAGGCUUUUUGUUGAAAAGACUUUGCCUGACCUCCAGCUCGGAUCUGGGAAGCUCCGGAGAGUUCCUGCCGCCUUUGCUGGGCUGAUGUACCUGUUCGUGAGGCAGAAGUACUUCGUGGGCUAUCUGGGAGAGAGAACGCAGAGCGUUGGGCCCACAAAGGAUGCUUUAACACCCCGCACUGCGCAUUCCUUGCAACUCCACACGCUCUGCUCCCACCCUUCAGAGUCUGGGGCUUGAAUGACUUUCUAUGUCGGGCUUCUCCAGGCCUCCGGUGAGUGAAACAUUUCAUUGUUUGCCCAGAGAAAUGAGAACUAAAGCUUGCACCUUGUGAUAAGUCCUCUUGAGUAACAGAUCUUCUGGGGACCGGCAGAAAGAAUGUUGAGAAAACAAGAUGCAAUAACACGCAAUGGAUGGAGACUGUGAAUAGAGUGACUGUUGCAUUGCUUCUACUUGUUGCCAGACAGAAAGCCCCAAAGCAGCAAUUAUACUUUCAUUACACCUGGAUUGAGAAAUCUGGAUUUUAGCAAAAUAAAUGAUACUUACAGAAGAAAUGUUCAAGUUAUAGUACGCCACCAGUUCCUUAGAGAUUAGAAUUCUUAAUGUGCCAGAAGGGCUCCGAGAGCCGGGAACAGGUUCCGGGAGGCUGCCGCCCAUACGCUGACCCCAGCCUUCCCCACCAUUUUUCUUCCUUGUCUAGUUUCACAUCCCUCUCUGUCUUUUACAAUAGCAUCCUCUCUAUUGGUUAAUGGGCUCUCCAUUUAGAUAGCAUCCUUCAGCGGUGACAAAGGCAGUGACAUCCCAGGAGGUUGACGGGUGAAAGCACUGCAUCUGGAGAACCUGGGGGCCUGGGAAGCUAAAUGACUUAUGGUGGUUCAAUGGAGGGCUGCGGCCAGGAGAAGAAUGACUCUUCUCACAGCAAUUCUUCCCCUGUGUUCAUCUCUUCUUCACUCCUCUCUGGUGGUGUUCUUAUUUAUCCUCCAAAACCACAAUUCCAUUACCUCUCGCAUCCUUAUCAACACUCUCCUAAUGAUAUUCUUUAUUCUCUUUCACCCUGGAAGACCUCUAUUCUGCCCUUCCCCGGGGAAUUGCCUGUUGUCGAGAGUUGAGGGGGGCGGAGUGUCUGUCUAUGAAAUAAGGGAGUUCUGUUCCCUUGGGUUGGCUUCCUAUGCAGCCCCGUCUACCUCCCCCAAAGUCUCAGGGAUUCGGCCCAGCCACUGUUCUUCUCUUCAUCUGUCACCACUUGCCUGAGAUCUCAAAAUUGCUUUAAUUCCAAGACGAUCUGCAGGGCAUGACAAAGCUUGUCCAUUUAUCCACAGGCUCUGUUCAUUUUAAAGAUAAUUACUACUAGAGAAUAAACAGAGGUGGCAAAAAUAAACAGUAGGAUAUAGACUUAAAAUCUUAAAAAUAUCACAUUUCUCUCGACCUCAUUGACAUGUCAAUGGCCUAACCUCUUAAAUCCCUCCCUGGGCUCCCCUAUGAGAUGUAGUAAGAAGUCCCAUGAGCCCCUUUACCCACUACCUGUGCUUGUUCCAGAUGCUGCUCACCUCUCCUGCAUCCACGGCCUUCAGUACUGUUCAGUCGUGGUGCUCUUUCCUGCCGAGACCAAAUGCAGCCUCACAAUACUUCGCACAGACUUCUGCACAGCUGUCCUCCAUAGAAAUGAUACCUGCUAGACGAAAUGGCCAAUCCUGAUCUAGACCAAGACAUGGCCCGGGGUAGAGGCGAGCCCAGGGGCUCUGCGGCUAGGUCCAGGGCAUUUUUCAGCUCUGCCUUUGGAAACUACUUGCUAAUACCCUCUUCCGUUGUGAACUCCCCUCUUUUGCGUGUCUCCCCUUUGUCCCUGGGCUGUGUCACAGUUGGAUUCUGCAGACGCCUUGGUGCCCUAAUGCCCAGGGAUCUGCUUUAGUCCUUGGCCUCACCAACUGAGGAAGAUACUGCCCGGUGAGAUCUUCCCCAGGAAUUUCUCCCUUGGGCUCAAGAUCAUCUUUGCUCCUCCCCAGAAGUUGCUUUAGCCCUGUCCAUUCAGAAGUUCCCGGGUCAUUUUUGGUCCAGAGGGUAGGUAGCACAUCCCUUGAUGUAUCCCCCCUUCUGAAGCUGGAAAAUAGUUUAAUAAUACCUCUCAGAAUGGUUUUGAGAAUUAAAUGAAGUCACAGAUAUAAAACGCCUGGUCCCUACAGAUGCUUAAUAGUUUAAUUCUGACCUUCCCUAUCCUAUUUAGAGAGAACUAUGUUCAACUUUUGAAAACAAUAAGAGAGAAGUCUUGAUUCUCAAAGUCUAAUUAGGCCCUGUGUGCACUGUCCAGGUCCCUCGCUCUUCCCUCUGGGCUCUCCCUCCUUUCAGGUUCUCUGUGGCUUUGCCUGAGCCUGGGGCAGGGCCUGUAUCCGUGCCCACCGUGCCCACCUCCCAGGGCCAUAGCCCAUCUCCAAGCUCAAGAGACUUACAGAUGCAUCUAAUGAAGUGCCCAGGCUGGGGCCCCCGUGCACACUUAGCCCUGCACGUGUGCUGAGUGACGGGCAUGUGCUGAGUUCUUGCCUCCCACGCCCUUUGCACCACCUGGAAAGAGCUAAAGCACCGUAGACCCAUCUCCUUUUGGGGCGACGUGCCUUGAGUCCUUUGGAAAAUCCUGCCCAAAUUCAAGAAUACCACUGUUUCCUCAGUAGGCACUGCCAUUUCAUUCUUCACUGCAGAUUUAUCUUGAGCACGUUCUGAAACAGCUUCACAGAUCGCUUUUUCUUGUUUCUGUAAUGAGCAUAUGGUGACCUCAUUCAUGUGAUAAAUCUGAGCCACCACAAUAUUUGACUUUUCACAAUUUAAUUUCUCUGAACCUUCUAUUCUCUGACUGAAAAAUAGACUCCUUUCUUUUCACUUCCUUACCAGCAUUAGCAGGUAACUCUCUGUAUGAGUCUGUAGGGCCACCAUAACAAAGUGCCACACGCUGGUGGGCUUAAACAACAGACAUUUAUUGUCUCAGUUCUGGAGGCCGGAAGUUCAAGAGCAAGGUA